UGUCUGUCUCUCUCUCUCUCUGCUACUCAUCCCAUCUCUCUGAUUAUGAUUUGUGGCAGCAGUGAGGGUGUCACUUUUGUGAAGGAAAAAUAGAAUUGCAAACCGCAUGCGUUGGCAGUCAGGGCUGCACGAAAUCGCAAGCACGUUCGGCGUUGUGACACAGUCCUUUCUCACACAGUGUCGGGGACGGACUGCUGGAAACCCAACCGUAUGAAGAGGACCAUCAGUAAAGUCAUCUGGACUCGAAAUCCAGAAUGAAGGCCCAAGUCUUUUUCGCUCUUUUUGUGAUUUCAGCAAGCAUGAAGGUCCUUCACACAGCCCCUACCUGUGCGCCAGACACGUUCCGGUGCGGAGACGGGAGGUGCAUCGCCGCCUCUGACGUUUGCAACGGACAGGUGGAGUGUGCGGACCUGAGCGAUGAAAGAAACUGCAGCUGCAAGAGAGACGAGUUCAGCUGUGGAGACGGACGCUGUGUCCCCUCCUCCUGGGUCUGUGACGGCGUAGUCGACUGUGGAGACAAAGGGGACGAGAUCAACUGCAAUAACACUGUUCAGACGUGCAGUGGUCAUUUCUUCCACUGUGACCACGUACGUUGCAUCCCUUUCUCUUGGAUCUGUGAUGGAGAUGUGGACUGCAUGGACAAGAGCGACGAGAGACACUGCUGUGAAUGUUGUUACCCCUGA